GGCCCCGGCGCCCGGAAGGUCAGCGUGUGAAGGAGCCAGUGGGAACGCGGGGGUUCCCGCUGCUUACUCCGGGGCAACGGCCGAGCCGACCACCCCGACCCUGAGGCGGCGGUGAGGAGCAGGCGGACAAGUUGCUGGCUUCACCAUGGAGGGCGGCGGGGGAAGUGGCAACAAAACCACUGGGGGGUUGGCCGGCUUUUUCGGAGCCGGCGGAGCAGGAUAUUCGCACGCGGAUCUGGCUGGCGUCCCGCUAACUGGUAUGAACCCCUUGUCUCCUUAUUUAAAUGUGGAUCCAAGAUAUCUUAUACAGGAUACAGAUGAAUUCAUUUUACCAACUGGAGCUAAUAAGACCAGGGGAAGAUUUGAGCUGGCCUUUUUUACUAUUGGAGGAUGUUGUAUGACAGGGGCUGCAUUUGGGGCAAUCAAUGGUCUACGGCUAGGAUUGAAGGAAACCCAGAAUAUGGCCUGGUCCAAACCAAGAAAUGUCCAGAUUUUGAAUAUGGUGACUAGGCAAGGGGCUCUUUGGGCUAAUACUCUAGGCUCUCUGGCUUUGCUCUAUAGCGCAUUUGGUGUUGUCAUUGAGAAAACACGGGGUGCAGAAGAUGAUCUCAAUACAGUAGCAGCUGGAACCAUGACAGGCAUGUUAUAUAAAUCUACUGGUGGAAUUCGAGGAGUAGCACGAGGCGGUCUAGCAGGACUAACACUUACCAGCCUCUAUGCACUAUAUAAUAACUGGGAACACAUGAAAGGUUCCUUGCUCCAGCAGUCUCUCUGAAGAUUUUGCCAACUCUUGGAUGGAGGACACUUUAGUCAUUCACGUCAACUUCUAAGUCAGUCUGGAAUUAACUCUUUUAUGUAUAAUUCGUUUGGAAAAAAAAAAAAAAACGGAAAUUCUGAUUUGCUACAAUGAAGAUCAUGGAUAGCUGACCAGGACUGGCAUUCCUUACAGCCAUUGAGUUGAAACCAAAACACUCUAGUGGCUGAGUAAUGUGGUUCUCUUCUCCUUUGGAGAAAAUGUUUUACCUAUUCUGUCUUCUGUUCCCUGGAGCUGGAAAACCACUUACUCACAAAAUUCAGGUCACGCUUGUUACGGAUACUGUAUCACCAUGUUCUCUCAUUUAAUAAUCAAAUUAAUGCCCUGUAUUCACAAUAAAGGGUGAAAAUAGAACCAAA